CUUGGCUGAGCUACAGCGAGACGGAGCGACGGCGGAGUAGAAGCGACCCGAGCCCGGGAGCCUGUAACGACCCUAGACCCGCGGAGCCGCCCGGAGCCGCCGCCGCCGGACAGACCCACCGAGUGACACCGGUUCCCCUGCGUCGCGCGCUCUGGAGGAUCCCGCUCGGCACCGGGGCGGACGCGCAGGAGAAGCCGAGGCCCUGACGCGCUGAGCGGCCGGUGGGGGAGGCGAGGCGCCGUGGAGACGCUUCAUGGCUCAUUGUGCGGGCUGGAAAAUGGUGGAUUCCAGCGAGAAGCGCUUCCCCCGGCUGGACCUGCUGUCAUAGCCCGGAGCUCGGUGGCGUUUCCCCGCGGAGGUCGUGUGUUUUUUUUAGGUAGCCCCCCCCCCCCCCCCCCCUCCACAGCUCGAGCCUUUUCUCCUGUUUUAGAUUCAUGUCGGAUUGUGGACGCGGCGCGACGCCUCGGCCCUCCGCUCCGUGACGCGAACAUUUGGAGACAAUAAACUGUCGGAUUUAACCGAACCAUGGAUUUCAACAGCGGAGGAGGAGGAGGAGGAGGUGUUGGAGGAGGAGGUGGAGGAGGAAACGAGCUGCACAACAACCAGUUCUAUCAGUGCGAGGAGAACAAGCCGCUGCUGGGGGAGAUGUCGGAGGGCAACAACAACACCAAGCCGGGCGCGGGGCCGGGCAAGAGGAGCCUGCUCCACUGCAGCAGCAGCGGGAUGCGAUACAAGCUGCUGCACGAGGGCGACAUCCAGGUGUGCGUGGUCAAGCACCCGCGCACCUUCCUCAGCAAGAUCCUCACCUCCAAGUUCCUGCGGAGGUGGGAGCCGCAUCACCUCACGCUCACAGACAGCGGCCUGACCUCGGCCACGCCCACCGGUUACAUGGAGACGUCCCUGUCCUACAGCUCCAUCGAGGACCUGCAGCUGCUCUCGUGGGACAACGCUCCAAAGUACUGCGUCCAGCUCAGCUUCCCCGGAGGCACCGUCCUGCUGCAGGCUGCAAACAGCUACUUAAGAGACCAGUGGUUUCACUCCCUGCAGUGGAAGAAAAAGAUCUACAAGUACCGGAAGGUCCUGAACAACCCGAGCCGCUGGGACGUGGUGCUGAAGGAGAUCCGGGCGCUGGUGGACAUGGCUCUGACCUCACCGCUGCAGGACGAGUCCAUCCACCAGGCUCCGCUGCACAUCAUCUCCACGCUUCUGGCUGAGAACUCUAACCUCAGCCCUCAGGAUCAUGAGAACAUCAUCGUGGCCAUCGCUCCUCUUCUGGAAAACAACCAUCCACCUCCUGAUCUGUGCGAGUUCUUCUGUAAGCACUGUCGGGAGCGGCCGCGCUCCAUGGUGGUGAUCGAGGUGUUCACCCCGGUGGUCCAGAGGAUCCUCAAACACAACAUGGACUUUGGGAAGUGCCCUCGCCUGCGUCUCUUCACUCAGGAGUACAUCCUGGCUCUCAACGAGCUGAACGCUGGGAUGGAGGUCGUCAAGAAGUUCGUCCACAGCAUGCACGGGCCAACGGGGCAGUGCCCUCACCCACGUGUUCUGCCAAACCUGGUGGCUGUGUGCCUCGCCGCCAUCUAUUCCUGUUAUGAGGAGUUCAUCAACAGCCGGGACAACUCCCCCAGCCUGAAGGAGAUCAGGAACGGCUGCCAGCAGCAGAACGACCGAAAGCCUCCGAUGCCGCUUCGCCUGCUGCGCCCCGAGCCCGCCAUACCGCCUCCCGCCACCAUCCUCCCCCUCUCCACCAACCCCAGUCCUCCUCAGCCGCCUCCCCCCACCCCCUCCAUCACCUCCCCGACACCCACCCUGCCCCUCUCCCCUCCCCCCUCCGUCGUCAACUCCAGCGAGAUCCUGGUGGAGCUGGAGCGGAACAACAACUCGACCAACGCCAGGCGGAAGGGGGGGCCAUCGGGGGGCGACAGCGAGCCCAACCUCAUCGACUGCCUGCUGGUCAGCCCGGCCGUCAACACUCUGUCCAUCCAGCUGCCGGCGCAGGCCGACCGGGUGCUGGGCUGCUUCGCCCUCAUCCUCAAGAUGCUGUCAGACUACGACGACUGGAGACCGGCUCUGGCCAGUCUGCUGCAGCCCAUCCCCUUCCCCAAAGAGGCCCUCGCUCACGCCAAAUUCACAAAGGAACUUAAACACGUCAUUCAGAGGUUUGCAGAGGACCCGAGGCAGGAGGUUCACUCCUGUCUGCUGAGUGUGCGCUCGGGGAAAGACGGCUGGUUCCAGCUCUACAGUCCAGGAGGCGUGGCCUGCGAUGACGAUGGGGAGCUGUUUGCCAGUAUGGUUCAUAUCUUGAUGGGCUCCUGCUACAAGACCAAGAAGUUCCUCUUGUCUCUGGCUGAGAACAAGCUGGGCCCCUGCAUGCUGCUGGCCCUGAGAGGAAACCAGACCAUGGUGGAGAUCCUGUGUCUGAUGCUGGAGUACAACAUCAUCGACAACAAAGACACACAGCUGCAGAUCAUCUCCACCCUGGAGAGCACGCAGGUCGGCCUCCGCAUGUACGAGCAGCUCUGUGACCGCCAGAGAGAGCUGAAGGAGCUGCAAAGGAAAGGAGGCCCCACCCGCCUGACGCUGCCGUCCAAGUCCACGGACGCCGACCUGGCUCGUCUGUUGAGUUCAGGUUCCUUCGGGAAUUUGGAGAACCUGAGUUUGGCCUUCACCAACGUCACCAGUGCCUGUGCCGAGCAGCUCAUCAAGCUGCCUUCACUCAAACAGCUCAACCUCUGGUCCACACAGUUCGGGGACGCAGGGUUGAGGUUGUUGUCCGAGCAUCUGGCCUGUCUCCAGGUGCUGAACCUGUGUGAGACUCCGGUCACUGAUGCCGGUCUGCUGGCUCUCAGCUCCAUGAAGAGUCUGUGCAGCCUGAACAUGAACAGCACCAAACUCACAGCCGACACAUACGAGGACCUCAAGGCCAAACUGCCCAACUUGAAAGACGUUGAUGUUCGGUACACCGAGGCCUGGUGAUCAGCCACGCUCACACAAACACACACACACACACACACACAAACACACACACACACACACACACGCUCAGAAACAUAACAUGACACUUUGUGCGACGACGUCAUCGCCAGCCAUCACCGCAGUGUGAGGAUCAUGUGAUGUGAGCAGACACGCCGCUGAUGAAGACUCCUGAGGAGGAGUCUUCAUCAGCUUGGGACGCCAUCGCGCCCCCCCCCCCCCCCCCCCUGUAGCGACGCCAUCACUGGGAAGGAACUGCCUUGCUUUUUGUUUUCUGAGUGAAAGUCCUUCUGGACCUCAUCGCUCCCCGUCUGUCCCCAGCGUCCUGAGGACCUGGUUCCAAGUGAUCAGAGGACGAGCCAGCCCCCGGUGUCCUGAGACCCCCCUCUCUCUCUCUGCCUUUACCCAAACCCUCAAUCCGCCCCGCCGCCAUCAGCCUUCCACUCUCUCUCCUGCCCCCAUGUGUGAAGGCUGGAUACAGCAGGACGCAUUCCAGUUGGUCUCCCAUCCCACCCCCGGCGUGCUGUAGCCCCCCCGAGCAGACGCCUCAGUCCUCGCUCUUCUACUCGUCGGCUUCAGCUCUUCAAAUCCGAUUCCAGCUUCUUCAAGUCGCUCAUUGGGGAAACAAGGUGCUACCUCCCAGAAAAGACGAGUUGCAGGACUGUGCCUCUUCCUCGAACACAACACAUUCACACGAUAAGGAAAAAAAAACAGAAAAAAAAAGUUUUUAUCAACUUGAAUGAACAUAUUUUUCCAGACAUCUGUGCUUUCAUAUAUUGUGUGUUUCUAUAUAAACAUGAAGACAAACCCCAGCGCUGACAUUUCAGACACGUCUCUGGAGGAAAGUGAAACAGAGAUGUUUCCUAGUUUUCAGUGUAAAUACUGACGAUCCCCCGUUGCUAUUUAAUAGGACCGUAGCUGUAGCAGUAGCUGGGUGGUCUGGGACUGCCUGAUGAGUUGUGUCUUUCACACCUCCUUCACUCUGUCUCUCCUGGGUUCGUCUCAGAGCACACGCCCGGUUGUUUUGCAUCAUGUGACACGAGGAGCGAGGGAGGGCGCUCGUACGCGGAUCUCUCUGCUCGUCGGUGGUACCGCCGACGUGUGCGUCGGACUCGAACACGGGCCCAUCACCAGCUGAGAGUUGUAUAUUUUCAUAUCCUCUGCUUUUCUUUCUCUUUUGUACAGACGGUUUUUUGAAAAGAAGAAAGGACACUUGCCAAACGUCUUCAUCCGGUUUAGAUUUGUGUUUUGUGCACUUGCUUCAUCCGGCCAGCGUGAGCGCUGUUUUAGUUCUGACCGGUCUGAGCGGAACCUGUCGUGGAGAGAUCGUAGACUGUGAACCAGGAUGGAUGACGCGUCUCCGCUCCCUCCCUCUAUCCAGAAAUGAAGCCAAAACACCAACGCUGCCAUCGAGGUCCCGCCCACUAAUCAGGAGUCAGACUCAGCUGUCACAUGACAUCUCAGCGCAUUUUUUUAUAUUCAAAUUAAUUAAAUCCAAACGUAUCAGAUACUUCAGAGUGAAGAACCAUCUUCAUUUAUUAUAUAUGUAUUUUGACCUUUGUGUAGGUGAUGUCCCGUCUGCUAACAGGGAGGAGACGUUGUUUUGUUAUUUGUACGAUUAAAAGCGAUCGCACCAGAGUUAGCUAGCAGCUAAUUUGCAUCCUUUGGCUUUGUGACCUAUACGGCAGCCUGCCACCAGGGGGCGAUCAAAGUGUUUUGACUUCAUUUUAAGGGAGCGCUCAUGUCGUCCAUCUUUAUUUACAGACCCCCCGCCCCGCCCUGCUGAGGUCGCCACAGCGCCCCUAGUGGUCGUCUUAUCUUCUGUCGACCUGUUUUAAUUUGUUCUGCUGAAGGGAUUCGACCCCGUGUUCGACCGGUGACUCUUUUAAUCGGUUUGCAUCAAUAAUUCUCAUCAGAGGAAGAAACUGAAUGAUUUUACAUGUUCUGUCACAAUCAGGCACAAAGAUGGAGAAAGAAAGAUGGAAACUUUCGGUCAAACACAUUCCUGUGAUGUUGUGGUCACUGAACCUGCGUCACAGGCUCCUCCCCCUCUGUGUCGUCUUCUCUCAUUCGCUCUGACCGCGUCCAUCCAUUUAAUUUAUUCGUGUCGCCCUGCAGACGCUCCAGACGUUGGUUGAGGACAGGAAGCCGUCCACGAUGAUGACAUGCUUUGUUUCCUAUUUAUUGAGUGCCAUGACAGUUUCCUGUUUGGUCUGUGUGCGGCCAUGUUUGGGUCGAGCCUCUGGACCUCUCUUCAUAUCCUGUAUGAUGUAUAUACCAGUGUAUAUAGUCGUCUCCUCCUCCCGGGUGAACCAGGUUUGAAUCCUCGAUCCCGUCUCCGUGUUUCUCGGCCUCCUCCGUCGGCAGGCUGCUGUUGCCUUCAUCUUCAUGUGUGUUGUUGUUGUUUCGGUUAUUUUCACACAAAGUGCACUGUAAUCUAAAAAAAAAAUCUGUUUUCAAUGCAUAAUAUCUUUUAAGUUUCUGACGUCUUUGAUUCGAUGACUUUAAUCAAACAUUCGUGUUUUUGUUGUUUAGUUUUUAUUUUGCAUGUACAUGUUGCAUCAUCUGGUAUUUUUAUUUUUGUCAUUUUGUUUUAUAAAAGGUUUGAACUAUAAUAAAGGGUCUGAUCACUAUCUCACUGAGGUUCAGGACUGAAAUGGAGAGACGCCAUCAAACUGUUUUCUGAUUGGUCGUUGCCAGGAUCUGCCCACGAGGCUCCAGGAAGUCGAGGUUUGAUCGAUAUUGAUUUUCUAAGAAGCCAAUACCAAUACUGGUACUUUUUGACUGAAGCUGCCUCUCGCUGAGAUUUCAGAAUUGAGCUUGAGCAUUUUCGUAUUAAUAAAAUGCAAGAAGUUUGAAUCCUGCCAGAUAAUCAUAUCAGAGUGUAACCCGCUGAAUGGCCAUUGUCUUUUUUAAAUAAAGUUGUUGUACAACACGGGGAAGGUGACAGUUCAGUGGAGCUUUCAAUCAGUCCUGUUUUCUACCUGAUGUUUUUAAAGUCUGAAGCUUUUCAGGGAACCAUUCAACAUUUUGGGAAACAGCUGGAGUUGGUUGAGAAGACGUCGCGUCAUGAAGCCUCAGCCGUCGGAACCUUGAGCUUCAUUUAGCUCCAGGAAGUUCUAUCACGUAUAACACAUCCUGAUUGGACGGUUUCAUGUGCUAGAUAUUCACUGAUUGCUAAUUGGCUGCAAACUGAGGGAGGAACCAACAUUAAAGUUUCCCAAAAUGUCCGAGUGUUCCUUCAGACACGGUGGCAGCUCGGAGUCGACCCCGUCCCCGAGGUCGUCCCCUGCUCAGCUUCCACUGGGGACCAGCAUGUUAUAAUGGUUUAGAGCUGGUUUGUGUUCUUAUUCCUGUAGAAGCACCUCCUCUGUUCUGUCACGUCUCCGCUUCCUGUGGAGCUCAUCCUGCUUUCUGCCUUUUCUCUCUGAAGCGUUUUGAUUUCAAACUGUAACCGGAUCCACGUCGUGCUCAAGUCUUAACAGUUGUUCUGGAAGAAACCGGGUCCGAUGUGGCACAGACUGAAAAACUGUAUUUCCCAUGAUUCCUUGUAGUAAAAGGUUUUUUUGGCAGCUGGAAAAGGAGACCCCCCCCCCCCCUCUUGUUUCUCUUCCUCAGUCUUUCUCCAUAUGGAUCUGCUUCUCCUGCCGGGUUAUUAUUAUUAUUACUAUGAUUCUUAUUAUUGCCGCUGCUGCUGCUCUGUGGCUGUUGUAAUAAAACUACAAAAGAUCUUCAACAGGAGAAAUGAAAACUAUGAUGUUAAAUAAUUUCAAUCAAAAAUAAAUUGUCUGUGAAUUUGUUUCA